AUGGACUCGUCGAAGACCUACAGCGGCCCGGGAAAGCAGGCGAUGCAAUAUGAGUCACCCGAACCGCUGCUGGACGUGUUCAAGGCCGCGGCGCUGUCCGUGACCCAGCUUUACAAGACAUCUGCCAAAGCAGAGGCGCGCGCUCGCGUAGACGGAUACCAAGACUGUUUGGACGACCUCCUCCUCUUCCUCGAUAAGCAAAGCAUUGGCCUGGACGAUGGCGAGGGCUGGAGGAUUAGAAGAUGGGCCACAGAGCGGCUUGAUGGGCGAGAGGCAGGACAUCAGAGCACUGAGAGCGAAGAUGAGACCGACAAGGGCGAGAGAACCACGUCGCCCGAGGCUUCUCGGGCUAGUGCCGAACCAUCAGCGUCUACGCCGGCUCCGAUCCAAUCUCGAACACAUUCACCUGCCGCUGCCGUCCCUGCGCCUCCUCCUACGAACGAAGAACCAACCCAUUUUGUUAUACCAACACAAGAGGCCUUCACCUUCCACUCAAACUAUCCCAACAUUGCCACCCUGGACCUAUCAGACCCACGACCACAGGACGUAUCUUCUUUCCCGCCUUCAUUCAGUUCUAAGUUCGGAUCAAGCUCUUCUAGGAACGGCCCUCGAUCUUCAUCACAUCAUAGCCGGGGAGUGGGAGCGAAGCGUAAGAUGGACUUUGACGACUUUUUCGGCGGCUGUUUGGACAGCAAAGACUCAGCCGGCAACGGAAGCAAACGCAGUCGACACACAUGA